GCUCCAGGUCAGGGCUAGGACAGCCCUCCGAAAUCCCAAGGAUGGGCCGCCGGCGUCGGUCCGACUCCCGGUCCCGCUCGGCGGGGGAUGAUGCGGACCGAAUCCAAGACCUGGUGGAUGAGCGGCAGGCCGCACGCAGGGACCGCGACUUCGACAAGGCAGACAGGAUGAGGGAGGAGCUCAAGGACAUGGGUGUGAGAGUAGACGACACCCAGCUGACCUGGACCGGCCGCGGCGGGGUGACGGGCGUGGUGAACAACCCCGGGGGCAAGGGGGCCAUCGAGCGGCGCGACGGGGACUGGAACUGCCGGAGCUGCGGCAAACUGGUCUUCGCCACCAAGGACAACUGCUUCUCCUGCGGCACCCCCAGACCUGACGAGCGCCGCCGCGGCCGGGACGACAGCCGGCGCCGGGACCGCAGCCGCCGGCGCCGGGACCGCAGCCGCCGCGGGGGCGGCCGCCGGAGGCGCCGCCGCCGGGACGAGGAGUCGGAUUACGACUACUCCGAUGACGGGCGCUGAGGUAGGGCAGUUUGGAGAUUUCCGAGAGGGCCAGGGUGUGCCAAGAUGGUUUUGAGUGG